AUGGUCUCAGCAGUCUGCCUAACGCGGACGAGGACUUUUCCAGCGCUCUGUGCUUGCUGCUUGUGCCUGGGAGCCGUGAACAGUGGCCUUUCUGCAGAAGAUGGCAUGUCUAGAGCCUGGGUGACGUGUCCCAGGCGGGAUGCGGCGCUCGGCUACUACACUGCGGCGCUGAAGGGCGCGGCCAGAGUGGCAAGCUCCGACUUUGACUCUCAGAGCUCCAGCUUCAGGCUCCAUUUCCGUGCCGUGGAGCUUCGACGCCAGAAGAAGUGGGAUGGAGCAUCAAACGUGUACCGCGCGGCCAUUGGAUUAUACAGAACCAUGCCGCCAGCGAAGGAGGUGCCCUCCUUCGCUGCUGCUGCAUGCACCUGGCUGAAUUUAGCAUUGACAGAGAAGAACAAUGGGCACUUCGACGCUGCCCGACGUGUCUUUCAAGACGGCACGCGGUUUGUCCAAGAACAAAUGCAGAAGGAGCUCGAUGUGCGUAUUGAUGGGCAGUACCGAGUACGCUCCGGGACACAAGUUCAAGCGUCCAGCCGUGAUAUCAAAGUGGCCUGCAAAUGGCUUGCCACUUUGCUGGUGUCUUGGGGCUUGCUGGAAACGCAGCGAGGGUACGCAGGCCGUGCGAAGGAUGGAGUGCUCUUUGGAUGCUGGCUGAGUAAGACUGUGGACCCCAACGAUGUUUCGUGCUGGCCCAGCGAGCUGCAAAUCUUGACGGGAGCAAGGCGAAAGUUCUCUCCUGGAAGGUGGUGCGGGGCGGCUAAACUGCCCCGCCAAUGA